GCAUAAUUGAUUUCAAUGGAUUCUUGUCGCUGAUGACCAAAAAAAUUUCGGAAAAAGAUUCUAAAGAAGAUUUACUCAAAGCAUUCAGACUUUUUGACGAAGAAGGAAAUGGUCGUAUUUCAUUCAAAAAUUUAAAGAGAGUUGCAAAUAUUUUGUGUGAAAAUCUAACGGAUGAAGAACUUCAACUGAAUUAG